UAUAAAAAGGUUGGGAGUUGGGAGUGUGAAUGGGUGGGGAAGUGUGGAAUGGGGAACGAUAGCGAAGACCUAUUCCCAGACGAAUGGGAUCCGAGCACACUGGAACAGUUAAUCCAACUGGAAGAACAACUCACUUCUUCUUCAAUCCCAACUAAACCAUCUUCUUCUUCUUCUUCUCUCAUUCUCGCUCACGCUCUUCCUCUGCAACCGCCUCCUUCCUUCUCCCCUCCGCGAGAACUCUCGCAGAGGCUCCCUCGCUCUCCCGAUAACAAAGACCUCCAGAUCCAACGCUUGAAGAGGGAGCUGGAACAUGCAACAAAGCAGAUUGCAAAUCUGGAAAAGGAGCGUGUCAGGUUAAAAAAAGAAAGAGACAAGAAAGAAGAUCAGCUCAAAUUUAUAUCUUCCAAGAAUGAAGAAGAAAAUGCUUGUACCAAGUGUUCAACGUCGCAGAGUGUAAACAAGGAUUUUGGAACUCUUGCUCCCAACUGUCAUAAAAUCUCUUCAAAAAUUCAAAAUGGAGUAACUUCAAGCGACCCAAUUGUUGAAACUACUUUUAAAGCUAAGGGAGUUGAAACAGACAAGGUUAGUCAUCAAGAAGCUCAAGGUGCUCUAAGUGAUGAUCUACCUGCGUAUCUUGAUCUCUCCCAGAAGUUGCUGGCAAUUUGGGGAUCUCCAACUGACAAAAAGAUGGGAAAUAGCGUGAUAUCCAAGUUGCUUGUGGGUUGUCAAAGAGAUUUUCAUAUUCUCUUUGGCUGCUUGAAUAUGAGUCUACCCUCUGAAAUAACAAGAGAAUUACUUUCAGACUCAAGCUCUUCAGGAGCAGCUUUGCAUCACCUCAAGGAUCGUUUUCAUACUCCAGAAGCAGCAAAGAUGUCAAAUCUCUACCUUGCGCUGACAAAGAUAGCUGAUGGGACAGAUGUUUUGGAAACUUUGAUUGAACCAUUGCUUGAUCUCUGUGGUAUGGAAAAUGUUGUUAUUGUCUAUAGCUCUCUGUGUGUACUGCAUAUGCUUCUGAAGCUCCUAUUGGAAUUGGAAAAGAAUGUUGGAAGGAGGGACAAUGUCAUCAUUGAAGGUCUUCACGAUGGGAAUGACCUUGUCGAUUCUGGUGUAAAAGAUGGAAAUCUCUUCAAUGAAGAACUAGUACGCAGAAAAGAGAGCUGGAGCCAUCAAAAUUCCUUACAACCUCAUGUAAAUUGGAUUUAUCUUUUUGAGAUAAUGCAUCAAAUUGCCAUGAGGAUCACAGAGGAAAGAGAGAGAGUGGAGGCGGUAUCUAUUAUGAAGCUGCUUUUCCUGAGAAGUAAUGCUUACUUUGAGAGGGAUCAGUUUAGCCAGAAAAUAGUUUUUAAAACUAUUUCAGAAUUGCUAAAGAAGAAUGCUGGGCUGUCUGUGAAGAAACAUGGUCUAAGACUUCUAUACCUAGUUCUAAAUUGUCCAAAACUCUUGGCUGCCUUCUGCUGUGGUUGCAAAGAGGGGGAUGAUAGCAGUUCUAUGGAUGGCAAUGAAUUUGCUUCUGAUAUCCAAAUUUUUAAGAUCAUUCUUCAAGGAUUGUCUGAUUGCGUAGUAUCUCAUAGAGGUGGUUUGCUGGAGUUGAAAGUAAGCAGAAAUGCUAUUCUUGUGCUGGCUUUCCUUUCAUCAUCUGGACAACCGGGUUUUGAAAUUCUUGUUAGUCACAGGUUUUCUAGCAGAGGGGUAAACUAUCUUAUGUUGAUUUUGCAAUUACUGGUAUCAGAGAUGGAUCUUGAAGUUGGAGCAUAUGAGCAGCAGCCAGAAAUUUUUAGGGAGAGGACAUUUUUGAUACGGGAGAUACUGAUAUUACUUAACAGACUAGUGUCUAACCCUUCAUAUUCUGCUACUGUCUUGCGCGAUUUAACAACCACUAGGGAUAUGGCUGGUUUGACAAUUGAUGUUGCAAGCAGAUUAUCUCGGAAAGCAAAGAAAAAUGGGCAGCAGGACAGCAUGGUAAAGCAUAUACGAGAAACUGAAAUCGUUGACCUAGCUCUCCUUUUCAAGAAAAGGGUAUUCACAUAUUUAGGUGAUGACUUAUCGUGAUGCGUCCUCUUCCAUUGUUCAGAGAUUUUGUACAUCUGCUCGUGUGUAUCAUUCUACUCAGGUAGGAACUGGUACUGAAAUGGUGCGAAGCAUAUAGGCAGCAAAGGCACGCUUGUCUUGAUUGUUAAGUUUCAGGAGUCUUGCCUAGCUGAGGAAAUUUUGACUGGCAUGAGAAAUGUUUUGUUCAAAAUAGUGUAAUUGAAAUAUGUGAUUUAGUGAUCGAGAAUGUGGUCAUUGAGCAAUGUCAGGCUUGAGAAAGUGACGUACCAUUUUUUUUGGCAUAUUCCAAUCCCCCCUUCUUUUUAAGGCUAUGGAUGGACUCAUUUUUUCA